AUUUUAUAUAAAAAGAGAGCAAUGGAUUAAAAAACUAAAGUGGAAGUAUAUUAAAAAUAUUAUAAAGUAGAGUGAUAUAUGUGAUCAUUAGAAUAAAUAUUUUAAACAAAGUAAACCUUUACUAUUAAGUUAAAUCAUCAAUAUAAGAUUAAACUAACCUCGACCAGAAGAGCGAAAAUAUCACUCAGAAGCAAUUAAAUAAGUAUAAUUUUUUAUAGAAUAGUUGUAGUAAGCUAAAGUAUUUAAUGUGAAUAAAUGGCAGGAAAUGAUUGACAAAGAAGAAUUGUUCUAAAUGUCAUUGACUGGUCAUUUAAUUAAAGCAAUUUAGCUUCAAAAUGGUAAUGCUGCCUUAAAUAACCUCAUUAAUGUAACAGAACCUUAUCUCCCAUUCUUAAGAAGAUAAAAUGGUAAAAAUUUCACAGGUUUGGCUACAAGAACAGUAAAAGGAUGUUUAUCUGCUGUAGUUUUUAAAAGAAAUGAUGAAUCAAGCUGGUCUGUAGAUGAAACUAAAGUUGAAGAAUUUAUUAAUCUAGCUAAUAGAAAAUUAACAUAGUUUUUAGAAAAACUCAAAAAAAAUUUUCCAAAUUAUGACUGCAUAAAAUAAGAAUCAAAUGGAAAAAAAUCUAAAAAAAAAAUUAAAGCUGAAGCUAAACGAGAUUAUGAUUAACAAAAUAAUCCUUUUUAAUAAUUUUUAGAUUAAAAGUCUGACAUGCAAGAUCAUAUUAAGAUUGAAAACAAUUUUUAAUCAUUUGAUUAAAAUGCUACUAAUAGAGUCAAUUCAGAUUGGCUUUAUUCAAUCAGUGACAAUAUAUUUAAAAAUCUUUAGUAUAUUAGAUCAGGUGAUAAAUUAGAUGAUUAGUUUUUAGGAAACUUAAUAGCCUUUUGCAACAUGAAAAGUUAGUUAGAUAGAAUAUAAGAUUGUUCAAGAUAUGUUGAUUGA